CGAGGAUUCAUAUGAUAAAGUAGUUUCUAUUUUCAACUACCCAGGUAGAGGUAAAGGAGCUGCGACUUACCGUUACAUCGUGGGCGGAGAAAUGAAAAUUGCACAUAAUUACAUCCUCAUGAAUUGUCCAGAAAUCUUACCAUUUUAUAAUGAAUUUAGAGCGUCUUUAUCAGCAUUUCCUGAUGAUGCAAUUGAUGCAAUGGUGGACUCUGACUUUGCAUUAUGGUACCAACAGCAGAUCAGGUACCGUGGGAUUAACGACCCUCUGUUAGUAUCCUUAUCGUGGGGCCCUUCUUCCUAUGCAAAGGUUUGGCAUUCAUAUGUGAUAAACGGUUAUACGUAUCACACAGUUGAAUAUGGAGAAGGUCGACCAACAAUGAACAGCGGGUUAUGUGUCCCGACCAUCGGUUCUGAUAACUCGGAAACCAAUUUUUUUGGUUU